AAAGUGUAGUACUUGAAUACGUGAUACUUUUAACAUUGAAUAGUGUCAUUUGUGGUUUAAUUUUUGUAAAUAGUGAAAAUAUGCCGCAAGAAAUGAAUAUUUUGCGCUGUUCUUCGUGCAACAUUUAUCAGGUCCACAUAGUAAAGAAAGCGAAGAAAUGGCAAUGUAAAAUAUGUAAUUUCAAGCAGACGUUCAAACAGGCAUAUUUUAAAGGCUCAGGGAAAGAUUGUCGUGCUUUUGUUCAAAAAUUAAAUCUUGCGAAAGAACACGAGAUUCAGGAAAGUGCAUCUUUUAAUCAGUACAAUAAUAUUAAUGACAACUAUGCAAAUACUUGUUCUGAAGAGUCAAACUUAAAAGUAACUGAAAGUAAAUGGGCAAAAUAUUUGGAUACAGCAGAGGAGAUUGAAUUUAAUAAUUUCAAAGCUUCAAGUAGUAAAAGUACUAAUUAUGAAGACAAUGACACAACGUAUCUCAGUAAUGAUAAUGCAACAUAUAAAAACUCACAGAACGAAUACACAAACGUAAAUCAUAAAUCUUCCUUAGAAAAUAUCAUUGAAGAAGAUUAUGCCUUUGAUAAUGAGGAAAGAUAUGAUAAUUCUAUACCGGAGGAAAUAAAUACUGUGUCAUAUGUUGAUAACAAUAGUAAAGUUAAAAAUAUCAGUGAAACUAAAUGUGCAAAUAAUAUUUUUGAUGACAAUGAAGAUUUUGAUCUCUCUAUUGAUUUCUAA